AUGCGUCGGGUGUUCGAUGUGACGGCCUCUUUACGUGACGAUUUACGAGUAUCUCUCUCCCUCAAUUUGACCGUAUAUGGCAUGCAACCAGUUUCUCUCGAUCUUAAUCUGUGCGACCUUGCUUCAGCAGUUUGCCCUCUCCCUCUUUACAACUUUUCUGGCCAAGGAACUCUUCCUAUACCUGAUUCGUUUUCAUCAAAAAUUCCUACCAUUGGUUACACCGUCCCCGACCUUGAGGCAUAUGCGCAGCUCGAGUUGCUACGGGUAGACACAGGAGAGGUUGCCGCGUGUUGCAUUGCUAAAUCUGAAUUAUCCUUCGGCAUACCGAGCGUUUGCCGAAAACUCCCCUGGGUGCUUCUCUUGACUGGUCCCAUCCCGUCCCAAUCAGCCAUUGACCACCUUCGCCAACGAACCGGUGCACGACUAGGAGAUGAUGCUCUUCCAACUGAUGAGUACGUGAAUCGCAGACUUAGUCCCUACAACCAAAAUUUGGCCCUUGGUUCUGUGCAGGCGGUAGCUCAGAAUGUCGACUUAGGAAAUAACUAUGGAUACUCAUUUACCUCGACGAACGCAACCGGCCUCGGCGUAUUGAAUAGUGCGCUCGAGAAACGAGUUUUUAUCAAUCCUGCAACCGUAACCGAAGCUGAUGCUCUCCCCGGAGGCGUGCCGGUAUAUGUCAACGGGGCCGGGGUAGCCACGGCAAAUGCAUUUUUGGGCGUUUUCUUUGAAUGGCUGGUCAUUGGGGCUAUUGUACUUGGUGUCUGCAUUGCCUACCAGUUGUGGAAACGGACUAUCGGUGCUCGAACUCGCCUUGCUGGAAAGGGACAGAUAUCAUCAGAAAGUCUGGUACCUCGCGUCAGUAAUAUGCUUCAUGGCAUGUUCCUCCGCCUGGCGCUGGUCCUCAUAUUGCCCGUCACCGUAUUUACGAUGUACCAAUGGACCCUACGUGAUUCCUGGCUCGCGACUCUCCUUAGCGUCAUAUGCAUCCUAACGACUUGGGCCGGUCUUGGCUGGACUUGGUUCAAACUCUCCCUCAAUUCUCGCUCACUCGAUGAUACUCGUCGCCUCGCAGCCCUCCGACCUUCCUUUCCUAUGAUCGCCCUCUUGACUAUUCCCAUUUUCAUUACAUCUGUCUUUGUUGCAUUUGCAUCCCGCUCCGGAACAGCUCAAGUAGCUGGGAUCCUCGCUAUUGAAAUUCUUUCUCUGGGCGCAGCGAUUUUCAUCAGGUGGCAAGCUCGGCGCCGAGAACGCGACUUGAUCCUAAACGCCACGCCUGAGUCGCCUGUACCCAAUCUUCCUACGCCAUUUAUUCCUCCCCCGACCCGGAUGGGAAUCACUCUCCGUUGGUUCCGUGUCGUUGCGAUGGGAUUAAUGAUUCCAUUUAUUGAGAGCCUAGGAGUGAAGCCUAUUCCCAGGACAGUAAUCGGGAUUGUUACCGCUGCGUUCUUUAGGCGGAAACGAGUUGACUCGAGCUCGCCUCACGGGGCAUCUACCGACCGUAUUGCGGAGAAGGGGGUUGCGUCGCCCGCGUCUGCAAUCGCGGAGCCACUUUCACCAACUCAGCCCGACCGGACCAACUCAGGCCACACGUUGUACUAUGACGCGCAUACAGGCGCUACGCCGGCCCCGGGACUUGGCGCGUCAGACGGCUACUUUGUCCAACGGCCUGCACAAUAG